UAAUAUAUCUAUUUUAUUUAAUGAAAUUAUCAUUCAAAAUAAUGAUGGAGACGUAAGUGUAAAUGCGUCGUUGAGAGAUGCUAGUUUUGACGAACCAGAAAGUCGCCCUUUUCCAGUUGUGACAAGUGUUACCUCUCACCGAAAUUAUAGGUGCCGCACCACUUGGGCCGUGUCUCGCUCCGCUUUCUCUCCCGCAAAUUAAACUUUAGGUUUUUCUUCUUCUUCUUCUUCCUCUUCCAUUGGCUGCCUCUUUUUUUCCCUUUGUAUUUUCUUUUGUGAACAGGCCUAAGCCCCUCGAUGUCAGAGGCGGCUAUGGUGGAUUAUUUUUUUGAUUGGUUGAAUAAGCUUCGAUUGGCCAUCUGAUUUUUCGAUUUGUUUCGUUUGUGAUUAUUGACCACAGGGUCUUUUUUCCUCCGCUCGCCGGAAGGAAUCGAGAAUCUGCCGGCGAUUGCGUCUCCUCAGGUAUUAAAAUAUCCCUCAGCUUCCCCUGCAACUGCACUCUUACAAAUGGAUCAGCAUGGAAAUGGACAACCACCAGGUAUGGGGGUAACUACCUCUGCUUCAGUGGCAUAUGGUGUUCCCUCAUACCAAGCUAACCAAAUGACAGGGUCUAUGCCGGUGGGUCCCAUUCAAUCUCCACAAAAUCUAGGUCUUCCAGCCUCUUCAUCUCAGAUGGCGCCACAUCAGCUUGCAUAUCAGCACAUGCAUCAACAGCAGCAACAGCAGUUGCAGCAACAACUUCAGUCUUUCUGGGCUAAUCAAUAUCAAGAAAUUGAGCAGGUUACUGAUUUCAAAAACCACAGUUUGCCGUUGGCAAGGAUCAAGAAAAUCAUGAAGGCAGAUGAAGAUGUUAGGAUGAUCUCAGCAGAGGCGCCUGUUGUGUUUGCCCGUGCUUGUGAGAUGUUCAUCCUUGAAUUGACUCUGCGUGCUUGGAGUCACACUGAGGAGAACAAAAGGAGGACACUUCAGAAAAACGACAUUGCUGCAGCCAUUACAAGGACUGAUAUCUUUGAUUUCUUGGUUGACAUUGUUCCACGAGAGGAUUUGAAAGAUGAGGUGCUAGCUUCAAUCCCUAGAGGAACCCUUCCUGUCGGGGGUCCUGCAGACCUUCCAUAUUAUUACAUGCAAGCACAAUCUGCUCCCCAGGUUGGACCCUCAGGAAUGUAUAUGGGUAAGCCAGUGGAUCAAGCCCCCCCAUAUGUGCAGCAGCCUCAUCCAUAUAUGGCUCAGUCAAUAUGGCCUCAGCAGCAGCAGCAGCAACAACCACCAUCAGAUUCAUGAGCAGGAGCCAGGAACAGGAAUGAAAUAAAAUUACAACCUGAACACCAAGUAGGAAAGAACACAUCACCAAACGAGCAGGUUCCGUAGUAGAACACAUAUUACUGGAUGGUACGUGAAGCACGCCCAGCUUUAAGCUCUUGUUUCUAGUGUAGCUCCAUCUGCAUGCAAUGAACUCUAUGUUUUAUAUGUUGUAUACUUUUGAAUUACAAGUCAGAAGAAUGUUAAGGUUGUGAUAUUGUGGGAUUGAACUCACUUUUCUGCCAUUGAUUGAGUGCUGAUCUAAUUCUUCAAGUUG